AUGGCGUCUCUCUCGCCGGCAGCCGCCUCGCCGAAGAGGCUGAGGGUCUACUCGUCCGCCGCCGCCGACGGCGACGGCGCGGGGAGCGGCAAGCGCGUGGGGACCCACAACGGCAGCUUCCACUGCGAUGAGGCGCUUGGCUGCUUCCUCAUCCGCCUCACCUCCCAGUUCGCCGGCGCCGACGUCGUCCGCACCCGCGACUCCCAGAUCCUUGAUACAUUGGAUGCUGUUCUUGAUGUUGGGGGUGUCUAUGAUCCCAGUCGGCAUCGCUAUGAUCAUCACCAGAAGGGCUUCAGUGAGGUUUUUGGACAUGGAUUCAACACAAAACUUAGCAGUGCUGGACUUGUCUACAAGCAUUUUGGUAAGGAGAUAAUUGCAAAGGAGCUUGGGGUUAAUGAAGAUCAUGAAGAUGUUCACCGUUUGUAUCUCUCGAUAUAUAAAAGCUUUGUUGAGGCACUUGAUGCGAUUGACAACGGAAUCAAUCAAUAUGACACAGAUCAACCACCAAAGUAUGUGAACAGUACACACUUGUCUUCACGCGUUGGACGCCUUAAUCCAGACUGGACUGAUCCAGACCAGUCACCUGAGAAGGAGAAUGCAGCAUUUGAACAGGCAAUGAUACUAGCUGGAAGUGAAUUUAUGGAGAGUGUUCGCUUCCAUGUUAAAUCAUGGUUACCGGCAAGGUCUAUUGUCCUGGAGUGUUUGUUAUCAAGAGGAAAUAUUGACCCAAGUGGAGAAAUCAUGGUUUUGGAUAGAUUCUGCCCGUGGAAACUUCAUCUAUUUGAGCUUGAAGAGGAGCUGAAGACUGAUCCUUUGACCAAGUAUGUGCUGUAUCAGGAUGAGAGGAGCAAGAGUUGGCGAGUCCAAGCAGUCGGAGUUGCUCCUGACAGGUUUGAGAGCCGAAAGGCUCUGCCAGAGAAGUGGAGGGGCAUGAGAGACGACGGACUUUCUGCAGAAACCGGCAUUCCUGGUUGUGUGUUUGUCCAUAUGAGUGGCUUCAUUGGGGGCAACAAGACCUAUGAGGGAGCAUUGGAAAUGGCAAGAGCUGCUCUGAAAUGCUGA